AACGCAUGCGUACUCAUACAGUAGCACCAACAAAAAGCCGCCCGUCGCCAUUUUGUAGCAUUCUUUUAACGUUUCGGUAGCGUGUGUUCGUCUAUUUCCCGUAUUUAUUCCGAUUCCGUUGCGUUAAAAUGGUCGACAAAAUCGAAAUGAGUCUCGAGGACAUCAUAAAAACCAGUAAACAGGGUCGGGGCCGCGGCAGAAGAGGCGGUAAUCGCGGGGGUAACAGAGGCGGUCAACGCCAACAACGCGGAGGCGGUAGUAAUUUUAGAAGGGGCGGCGGCGGCGGUGGGGCGGUUAGGGGCGGCCGUGGUCGCGGAGGCAUCUCGCGCUCCUUCACACGGGGCGACGUGAACAGUGCGUGGAAGCACGACCUGUUCGAAGGGUUCGGGGCCCGCAAGGUGGCGGCCGCCCGGGCCGUAGUGCAGGCCACCAUGGGGCCCACCAAAUUAAUGGUGUCCAACUUGGAUUUCGGGGUGUCCGACUCGGACAUCCAGGAGUUGUUUGCCGAGUUUGGGCCCCUUAAAAGUGCCGCCGUGCACUACGAUCGGUCGGGCAGAUCGUUAGGUACGGCCGAUGUCAUAUUCGAGAGGAGAAGCGACGCUAUUAAGGCCAUGAAGCAGUACAACGGGGUGCCUUUGGAUGGACGAGCGAUGAACAUACAAUUGACAACCAGCGAGAUCCCUGUGCCUCCCAGGAGGUCGAUUGGAGGUGCCGAAAGAAGAUUCGGAGGCAACCAGAGGAGUCCUCGAGGGGUUAAAAGUGGACGGCCAGUUAGAGGACAAAUGACACGUGGUCGUAGAGGCGGAGGCGGCAGAAACCAACAGAGAAAACAGCCCACAGCCGAGGAACUAGACGCAGAGCUCGACGCCUACACCAAAGAAAUGAAGUAAAUAUUCAAAGUGAAGUGCGUCUCUGUAUUCGUUAAGGAUCGAAAAAACCAAAACUGUUUUUACUCAACUUACUGUGUCCGUUUUUUACACUUUCAUAGUGCGAGAGUGUGUUAACAGAACAUGGACGGGAGGGAAGUUACUUUCGUUGAACAAGUUUUAAUAAUUAUUAUUAUGUGUAUAUUUUAAAAUAUGUGAAAUAUAUUACAAAGUAGUCGUUUA